UCAGUCCUCCAUGGUGCUAUCUUGAGCUAUGGUCCAUACCUUGCACACUAGUGUUGCUCGACUGCCUGCUGGCCUGGGGCACAAUCAAAGUUGCACUGCACAGAAACAUGUACUUUGAAUGCACGUCGACUGCAUGUAUUUGUUAAGUGUCCCCUUCGCCGGGAUUGCUUUCUCCCUCGUGAUGGUGGAGUUUUUAACCUGCAAGCAACAGUUGUGGUAGGACACCUCCUCCAGGCUUUGCGCAAGCGACCGGUGGCGACUUGUGGCAGACUUUAGUGCCUAUUUUCUGCUUCAGGAUAGACCUGAAGCUGACUGGCAAUUCUGACAUGGCUACGUUUGAAUUUGAUUUCACCUGGCCUGUUUUCCGGCGUCUUGUGGCCAGUGAUACUCCCGAGAUCUUGUGGCCAGUGAUACUCCGAGAUUUUGUGGCCAGCGGUACUCCGAGGUUUUGUGGCCAUCGGUACUCCGAGGUCUUGUAAUUGUGACCAGUGGUGCUCCGAGGUCUAGUGUACAUGUCCAGUGGGACUCGGAGGUCUUGCGUCGAGGUGUUUCCUGCGCGUAGCUCAGCCCGGCUAUAUCAUUGCUGUACCCGCUCUAAGCAUGUUCACUUUUCUGCUUCCUCAUCUUGGUGGACAUUGCUCUGGUUUGUGAGAGAUACGAGCACAUGUUAUGGCAUCCAUCACUUCAAUGAUGAACCGUUGCUUUAUCUUCAUAUGCCUAACCAUGUGUCUCAUCCGGUUGGGGCAGUCGCGAACCACCGCAACCAGAAGCGUCGUGGUGCAAGCUGCCGACCCAAGGGGACCAGAUUACUUCCGCACCGACCUGGGAUCAACAGCGACCCUGCAAUGUCCAGGCGUGCUAGGAUUCAGCAUGCCCAUCAAUUCCGUCUCCUGGUUUCGUGGCAACAGCACAAGUGCAGCAGUCAUACUGGAUGAUCGCACGGCAGUGAGUUCAGACGGGAUGCUGGUGAUUCAGACGGUGAAGAAAGCAGAGAGUGGAUGGUAUUUCUGCCAGUAUGAUUCCCCUGGUGGACCUGUGACAGGCCGUGCGCAUCUGAAUGUUAUAGAGCUGGAAAUCACCAUACAUAUCAUUGACCGCUCUACGGGCUACAUAAAUUCACUUCCAGGCAUGCAGCAGGGCAUGAUCAAUAUCAAGGAGAAUCAGAUUGUUGCACUGGAUGCCAAGUCCACCAGGGGUGACCAUUUACCUGACCGGGAUCCCUACUGGCUCUUCAAGGGAGAGAAUGCCGCACUGAGAAGACCAUACUUCUGUUACACUGGCUUCAUCUCCCAAAAUGGAGAUUCCAUAUUGCGUAUGGUGAUGCUGUCAAGUGUGGCCAACUUCAGUGGUCGCUAUGACUUCAUCGCUGGCGGCCUGAGCACCUACAUAAAUGUGACCAUCAGAGUCAAUGUCAGUCAGCCGGCCAAGCUCCUAACACAGGCGCAAGAGUUUGGACUUCAUCUAAACUGCGACGAUAUGUUCAAGACCAGGAUCGUAACACUUCCUCCACCCCCGAUGACGACGACCGCCUCUACCACUACUACAUUUCUAAGACUUAGUACAAGUCAGGAUUCAACAGAACUGGCAUCCAGUGCACCACCCAGCAGCAGCAGCAGCAGCACCGUUCUACAUACAGCAGCCAGUACCAGGCAGUCAGACUCGCCUAUGGCCGUUGUUUCUAUUACUCUCUGGCCAGCGUAUGUAGCGGCAGGAGCGGGUGUUCUCGCGUGUUGCAUUGUCACGGCUGUACUGUGCUACAACAGGCGGGGAUCGAUGACAGUGGACGGGACAGCGGCCAAGAAGAAAGCGAUGCAGGAUCGCGAGAAACAACUGCAUACAGUGCUGCCACCACGCCCUGCCAACAACAACAAUCGGAGCGGAGAAUACCUUACUGUGCUUCCAAAGUCUGCCCAGGCUGCGUUUCAGUCGGCAGAGUGUGUGAAAGACUCACCAGUGAUUGGGCACAUCCACAACCACACAACCCCGCCAAGUGGCUACAGCACAUAUGCAGAGUUUGUGUGUCCCAGCAUUGAUUGCACUGCAGCGUCCAGUGUUGCUAGUAUGUCUCUUCAGCACAGCAAUGUAUCGCUGGACAGAGAAAGCAUUCAGACGCCGACGGCAUUCAGGACAGGCUCCGAAGCAACAAUGUUAUCCUCGCUGCCUAACACGGAGCACUAUGACUCGCAAUCACUAGAUGGCUCCAAGUCUCUCUCCGUAACUGGUGGUGCCUUCUCCAGAUCGCAAGGUGCCCGAAGCGCAGAACUGCUCCAGCAAUCAUUUGAGCUACGUUCAUCAGCAAGACUGCCCGCCAAGGCUCAGACUAUCCAGCACGAGGCAAUGCAGAACAGCUGCCCGACUCAACGACGUCAUGAUACCCGUGACGAGGGGAAAUUCCCCUCCACAGCUAGACUUCUUCACCCGUCAGAGAGUCCGCAUAGUGCAGCAAACAUUGUGAUCAACGAUCCGUCGCCGCAGUUACUGCGUGAAAAUAGGCCCCGUACCGCGUCAUCUCUAUCCAGAACCAGUACGGCUACUGCCAUGCCAUACACAGCAAGCCCGCUGGUGAACUCAUAUUUGAGACGGGAGCCAGACAGCGAGAGCUACAGAAGUUCUGCUAAUAUUGUUGUCUCGCCUGAUACCAGUCCCAAUAUCACAUCGCCAGGGAGCUCAAAUUUUGAUGGUUCAGAUUCUUCAGAGGGUUCAGAUAUCUCUCGAACAAGGAUUAUGCCUGGGAAGCAAGUUUGACGUGCUUGCACUCACAUCGGGUCAAUAGGCAAACAGUCAAAUCUACUACUCAGACUGGUCUGGAUACAAUCUGUUCAUAUUAUCACAGACAAUGAGAAUCCCGUAUUCUAGAAUGCUGACAGUGAGAAUCCCUUAUUCUCGAAUGCUGAAGCGACGAUUUUCAGUAUUUAUUCUUCUGGCAAUAUAAUUUUUUUAACUUGAGUUUUGCCCUACUUUGUACUCAGAAAUAUUUUCUGACCUAUUCUGUAAGCUGUGAAGCCUUGAAUCUCUCCUAACCCACCUGCAGAUGAAAAGAUUAUGGAUGUCUGAAAUAUUUGAGCUCAUCAUCUUUGAUAUUGUGUCCCGGUCACAUACUACAAAUCUGAAACCCCAUUCUGAUGGUUAUAUAUAAGCGUGCAUCACCAAUUAUUAUUUCCUUCACUAUUAAAUAUUUUCAAUAUUCUGAUUUUGGGUCAGUUUAUGCACAGUAUUCUCACUGA